AUGAUCGAUUCAGUGCAGUCGUUGACGAACUAUCCGUUGCCGCCGCCACAUCACCCAGUCGUCCUUUGCAGCAAGAUCAGCAGUAAGGAGAAGAUGCCAAUCUUUGUCAAGCCCAAGCAGCUUCCGAUCCACAGGCCUUUCGGGCCCAGCCUCGAAGCGUCGGAGUGGGAAGACCUUCAGGCCACAUUGGCACAUGUGUCCAGAAUUGUAGAGACAGGGAUCUCCCAGGAAGCAGGCCAAGCAGCAUUGGACGUAGCAGAUGGGGCCCUAGUAAGGCACAUGGAGACGCACAUCUCGCAGGUCACAGAUACUCCAAAGCAGAGGUCCACCACUCGAGGAGGACCACCAAUAAUAAAAUGGAUACCCUGA